AUGAGUGUCUCUCCAUAUGACAUCAGCGGGAUGAGGGCAUCGUGGUCCGAGAUGUCCAACUUCACGGAAGGGUGGUACGAGAGCCUGCAGAGCUGGCGCAUGGAGCUCUUGCUGAUCCCGGCCGUGAUCUUCACCGCCCUGGCCCUGGUGGCUGACCCCUUGUUGUUAGCCUGCGUCCUGCUCUCCAGGGCCCUACGACAGGAGACCCGCUACCUGCUGCUGGCUAACAUCCUACUGAGUGAUACGGUCUUCCUCAUCAUCAACCUGGCCAACCUGGCCUGCAACUCGCUGGGCGUGUGGAUGUCGCGACCCCUGUGCGAGCUUGUCACGGCCGCCUCCGUCACGGCCUACUGCAGCAGCAUCCUCACCAUCACCCUCAUGGUGGCCGACACCUACGUGGCCGUCCGCUGGCCCCUGCACUACCGCGACCGGCUGCCCCCCUCCAGGACCCACAAGAUCCUGGUGGCGGUGUGGCUGGUGGCGGCCUCGUACCCGGUCUCCCUGAUGAUCCUCAUGGAGGUGCUGGAGGAGAGCGCCCCCUGGAGGCAGACCGUGUGCCUGGUGCUCUUCUCCUUGAACUCCCGGGGGAAGGACAUGAUGGUGGGUGUGAACCUGUACUUCUUCAUCUGCGCGGUGCUCUGUAGCAGCCUCAUCAUGUACUGCUACACCCGGCUGUUCGCCAUCACCAGGACCUCCGGGAUCUGGCAGAGCCGCUACUCCCGGGCCAGGGUGACCCUGCUGGCGCACGCCGUGAUGAUGCUCCUGUACUUCGGUCCCGGCAUGGUCUUCACCGCGGAGCUGGUCCUGUUCCACCGAAGCGGCGUGAGCCAGGACGUGAGCGUGUGGCUCAGCACGGUCAACAUGAGCGUGCUCAUGCUGCUGCCUCGGGCGUGCGCGCCCUUCCUCUACGGCCUGCGGUACCGCGAGAUCCACCACACGCUUCUGGUGCUCUUCCGCCGGCGGAGGCUUAGCCAGGUCGCGGUGGUGUAG